ACAAGAGUACAUUAAAUACAUACAUAGACCCAACCCCACUCUUCUUUCUUCGUUCCUCAGCUCUGCUAUCUGCAAUUUCAAUUAAACUAAACAUACUUACUUGCAACUUCCCUUUCACUGCGACACACCCUUUUCUCUUUCUUUUUAGGGUUUCACACAUCACUUCAAAAUCGAAUCGGAACUCAUACAUAACAAAAACAACUAGUUAAUUUCAAUUCUAUGUUUCAACAUCCAAACGCACGCAACAUAAUGCUUGGAUUGAAAGGAAACCCAGCGUUAUAACUUCAAAAAUCCCCAAACGAACGGAUUUUCACUCGGAACUCGAAUCCAGGUUCUAAAACCUUCAUGGAUAGGUCUAGAUCUAAGAGGAACUACUACUAUGACCAGGACUAUGAUUCUGACACCCUCGCUAGGAUCAGGCCCCGCUAUAACCACCACUAUAACAACGUUCCAGUUCACCGCCACCGCGGAGGAGGAGGUGGUGGUGGCGGCGGCGGCGGCGGAGGACGCCAGUUUAAGACUCAGGACUCGCCGUUGACGGUUACCACCAGCUACCGCAUUCUGUGCCACGAUUUGAAGGCCGGCGGCGUCAUCGGGAAGUCUGGCAGCAUAAUAAAGUCCAUACGGCAGCACACCGGCGCCUGGAUCAACGUCCACGAGCUGAUCCCCGGUGACGAGGAGCGGAUCAUCGAGAUUUCCGACACUCGCCGCCGCGACCCUGAGGGGAGAAUGCCGUCGUUUUCGCCGGCGCAGGAGGCGCUCCUCAUGAUCCACGACAGGAUCCUGGAGAGCGACGCUGCGUUCGGGGUCGGAGAGGAGGAUGAGGAGUACGGCCUCCCUGGCGGAGGAGGCGGAAGAGGUGGUGGUGGUGGCGGGAACAGUCGAGUGGCCUCGAGAUUGGUGGUAUCGAGAAUGCAUGUAGGGUGUUUGUUGGGAAAAGGAGGGAAGAUUAUUGAACAAAUGAGGAUGGAAACAAAGACACAAAUUAGGAUACUCCCUAGAGAUCACAAUCUACCCCGUUGUGUUUCCAUGGCAGAAGAGAUUGUUCAGGUAGUAGGUGACGUAAAUGCUGUGAAGAAUGCUAUAGUAAUUAUAUCAUCGCGGUUAAGGGAGAGCCAGCAUCGUGACCGUGGUCAUUUCCAUGGACGUGCACAUUCGCCUGAGCGAUUUUUCUCUCCCGACGAUGAUUAUGUUCCUCACAUGACUGGUGGAUCUCGUAGAUCAGCUGUAGAUGGAGCUAAUUUUGGUUCACGAAUGUCUAACACCAAUGCCAGAAACAAUAACCAACCCCAAUUGGGUAAUUACGGAAUGGAGCCAGGGCCUGCUCCCAUGGUUGAUGAAGCACAGCCCCUGUAUGGAGAGGAGCUUGUUUUCCGUAUACUUUGUCCAGUUGAGAAAGUUGAUCGCAUUAUUGGGGAAUCAGAUGGAAUUGUAGAGUUCCUUCAAAAUGAAGUUGGGGUAGAUGUAAAGGUGGCCGAACCUAUUGGUGGUUCAGAUGAACAGAUAAUAAUCAUUACUUCAGAGGAGGGUCCUGAUGAUGAGCUGUUCCCAGCACAGGAAGCCUUGUUGCAUAUACAAACUCGUAUUGUUGAUCUUGUUCUAGAUAAGGACAAUACUAUAACCACCAGGCUCGUCGUCCCAUCUAGCGAUAUUGAAUGCAUAGAUGGAAAAGAGGCCUCACUAUCAGAAAUAAGGAGGUUGACCGGUGCAAACAUUCAGAUUCUGCCUAGAGAAGAAUUACCUCUUUGUGUUGCAAGAACUGAUGAGCUAGUACAGAUUGUAGGAGAGAUAAAGGCAGCACGAGAUGCUGUUGUUGAGGUGACAUCAAGAUUAAGAAGUUACUUUUAUAAGGACUUCUUUUCAAGAGAUACAAUGCCACCGUUGACCUCCUUAUCGGGCAUUGAGGCAUCUUCUUCUAAUAAUAUGGCUUCAGCUACUGAAGCUCCUGCAGCCUAUCAGAAUGUGCUAACUGCACCAGGACCCUUUCCAUCAAAGGAAUCUGGAGGGUCUAGCACCGAGGCAGGAAAGCAGAAAGAGACUGACCGCCGCGAAGACGUGCCGAGUGGUUUAAAUAGGAUUACUGUGCCUCUUGUCACAAGGAGUACACUUGAAGUUGUUCUACCAGAGUAUGCAGUUCCCAAGCUUAUAGCAAAAUCCAAAAGCAAGCUUGUUCAAAUAAGUGAGUUGUCAGGAGCCAACGUAACGCUUGUAGAGGAUAGACCAGAUGCGACACAGAAGAUUAUUCAGAUAUCCGGUACUCCAGAGCAGGCAGAGAGAGCGCAGAGCUUGCUCCAGGGAUUUAUUUUGAGCACACAAGAAGACGGCCCUUGAGUGAUGCACAUAUUGAGAAUUUGGCUAAAGAUUAUGGCAUUGCCAUUACUUGUGUGCCUGGGGCAUUGGCAUCUUGUUCCAUGCACUGAUUGGUUUUCCAUAUAGCAAGAGUUAGGAAUUUUGAAUGCGAGAGAAGCAUUCCAAUGUAAAUGUUGUACUGGGCGAGCUUAUUCAUUACUUGUUACUAUUACUUUCAGCAAAGUGCAGGGAGCAAUUGUUGGCGGCUACCCUGGAUUGUGUUUUUCCUGGUUGAUAACGCGAGUUUUAUGAGUAAGCAAUGCAAUGGAAAGUUUUUCCACAAAUGAAAA